AUGGUGAAUUUUUUCGAGGCGAAGUCGGACGGCGUGUCGUUUUGCCUGUCCGCAAGAUUAAUGAAAUAAACGAGUGCAUCGUAACCAAACCAACCUACAUUUGAGAUAUUUUCCAUCUACAUAGCAGCGGAUUCAAACACGGCAGACUGCAUUGAGUCGGAACGAGAAGGGGGUACGGAGCCGGUAGCGUAGCUGCAGAGGAUUUGUGGCAAGGGCAGAACUGUCCAGCUGCUUCUCCAAGAGGCCAGCCACGACCCCGAAACCCAUCCGCGUAGAGCCAGAUCUGCAUUCGCUGAUAAUUUGGUGUUUAGUGGUGCAGCAGGUGUUAUCAUGGAUGAAACAUCGCUGCCCGAUAAGCGCGCCAAGGAGAUUGAGCAAGAAUAUCUCUCCAGUUUGGCCGACUUGAACGUCAACAGCAAGCCGCUUAUAAACAUGCUGACAAUUCUAGCGGAAGAGAACCUUGAGUACGCUCAGAUCAUCGUGUCCGCGGUGGAAAAACACCUGGCAAAGGUUGUUCCAGACGUGAAGCUGCCAAUACUUUACCUCGUUGACUCCAUCGUUAAAAACGUGGGCAAACAAUAUCAAUCGCUCUUCAGUCAGGUCAUAGUGAAUAUGUUUUGCGGAGUGUUCGAGACGGUGAAUGAAAAGAUACGUGAAAAAAUGUAUAGCUUGAGACAAACGUGGAACGAAGUGUUUCCGCAGUCUAAACUGUUCGCCCUCGAUAUAAAGGUUCAUUCGAUGGAUCCGGGAUGGCCGAUCACGGCACAGUUGAAGCCAAAAAUUCACGUUAAUCCAAUGUUUCUGAGAGCGACGGUAAGAGUACCCGAGUCGCCAAUGCAUCAACAGUUGCAGGACAAACAACGGCAACUGCUGGAGCUUCAGGCACAAAAGUUGGAACUGGAACUGUUGGCUACGAAGAAGCGUAUCGAGGAGCAAGAGAAACAGCUAAGUCUCCAGACGGCAAGCGUGGCCAAAGAGCCUCCACCGGAAGUACGAAGAGCCCUCGAUCCCAGCGCAGGCCAACCCUCGAUGAUUUCCUCAGCCGGAGGUGGUCUCAUAUCGACAGCCAUUCCACCACCGGGAGUUUUACCGAAGAGUCGCAUUGCUCCCGUACCGCAAGCGAUGAUUAACAUGGUUAAAACGCGCGAUCCUCGUUUGGCGAAGCAACAGGCUGCGGCACAAUUGGUGGCACAGACCGCAGCUGGCACGAGGAUGAUGAUGGCGGCAGGUGCGCACGCUGCUACCCUAGGACCAAUGACAGUUCCACCGCCCGUCCUAGCACCCGUCUUGACGAUGGAUACUACAAACCAUGCACCAUCAAAAUCUUCAUCCUCGGCGUCCGUCAGGGAACGACUCGGUUCAAAGUUGAAACGAUUGGACCCCGUUGGAGGCAGCAGCAGUUCCGUCCGAUCCGAAUUGGGCGGCUCGGAGGAUAACGGGAGGAUAAACAAGAGGCAGUCGUCUUCAUCAAGCGUUAACUCUUCUUCACACAAAUCGCGCCACGAUCACGAUCACAAAUCAAGGAAAGAGCGCAAAGAACAUUCGUCGUCCUCUACGUCCACCUCUUCUGGCAGCAACAAAUUGUCGGCCAGGAGCGAUCGUGGAUCGUCCGGUAAAACAUCAUCGUCGUCGGUUUCACGUGCUGGUGGAAGCACGAGUGGUGGUUCGGAGAAACGAAAGCAACGGACUCACAGCAACAGCGAUGGUUCACCGCAAGGUCGCAAGUCACCUCAUACUACAUCGCCUGGAAAGAAGAAGACAUCCUCCUCGUCGGAAAAAUCCAACCACUCCAGCGACGGAUCGACGAAGGGGUCGGAAAAAUCGCGACCGGAAAGCAAAGCCUCACCACCGAACAGUAAAGUGUCGCGACAGGCUCGGAGCAACAGUACGGAUAGCAGGAAGCAAGAGCAUUCCACCGGGGGUGGCGGCGAACAUCAUCCACAAGCUAGCAACAGCAAUGAUGCACAAGACAUCGAUUUGCGUUUCAGUAUACCCGAGAAACGGCUGAAGAUCGACGAGUCGAUCGCCGAAGGACGCCGCUUGAUGGGAGAGAUGAACGAAGAAGGCACAACAGAGGCCCCGAAGACAUCGGAUGUCAAAAAUAUUAGUCCAACGGACGAAGAAGAAGCCGUCUCAGCCAUGAUUGCGAAAGACAUCGGCUUGAGAUCGAUUCCUCUCCACUUGCUCCCGAAUAAACGCAACACGAAGGAACUGGACGGUGAGGUUGUCGUUGGGCCGUUGAGAUCUAGAGAACCCCCGGUUGCCAUCCGAUUGGAUGAUGAUGAUGAGGAUUCUGAUGAAAUGGCCGGUGGCAAGAAGAGAAGUACUACUGGCAAAUCGGAUGAACCCACGGCUAAGAAGAGCAAAGCGGAAAUGAUUGAUGCCCUGUUUGGGAAUGAAGAUGUUGAUCUUCGACCCCCUUUGAUGAUUUCAGCGGACAGUCAAGAGAUUAGCUUUGUUAAGUUGGAUGGACCGAGGUCUCCCCUUUUGGAAAAGAACGGUGCUAAUCGUUCCGAUGCUGUCAGGGCUAAACUGGCUGAGGUCGCCAAGAACCAGGAGAAAGAUAAAUUAGGUCGCCCGUUACUUUACAAUAAACUUCCAGAUGAUCCAAUCGAACGACGACGGUCGAUAAGUUCCUUGGCCAAACCGGGUGACAUAGAUCUACGCCAUUUGCCACCACCCGUAAACGUGCUGGAUGACGACGACAACUCGAUGGACAGCAUGAACAGCAACAUCAAGACCAUCAUCGCUCAGGCGCAGGAGCAGAUGGAGAAGGGGGAAAUCACGCCGGAGCAGUACAGCAUCCUGAUGAAGCAGGUGAUUCAGCUGAACGAAACGCAGAAAAUCCGCCAAGCGCAGCGCAUCGAGCACGGCACCAAGCAACCGGAACCGACCGUGAUUCGUAUCGACGAUAAUGGAUCGCUGAGCGAUGAGGACGAUGUGAUUGUAACGUCCGUUACGCCGGCGUCGUCCUCUUCGACGGCCACCAACGAUUUCCGUGGCAAGAUUCAUCCGAUCGAUGGGAAACCACCGUUCGAGGUGCCAUUCGGUGGCACCGGUGUGGUCCCGAUUACGUCCGUGCCGCCUCCAGACAUCCGUGCGCAGCGAGACCCUCGAAGGCAGCGCGAGUCCAAGUGGAAUCGGGUUGAUCCGAGUCCGGUCGCAUGGCCAAACCGUGCUGCUCCAGGCGCUCCACCUGGUGUUGUUGGGCCCCCGAUCGUGGGCGGAAUUCGCUCCGGAACAGGAGCUGCGGUCCCAAGCCCCUGGGAAACGGCCCCCUUUCCCGUGAAUCCUCCCCCAGCCCGAUACCCCGUACCUUCGAUUCUACCUCCGCUUGGUAUUGUUCCGCACGCCGGAGCGCCACUCCCACCUAACGGCGGACAACCAUCCGCGCUACUGUCCACCAGCGCCAAGAUGAACGAUAGCGUGCAAACGAUCAACAUCGAUGGUAUCCAGCGCGAGAUUCGUUUCUACGAGGAUACGGCGGUCAUUUUCAUGAACUGGGACGAACCGAAAGAGAUCGGGUUCCAGAAGGGUUCGCGCAUGGUGGUGGUCGACGGGCGGGAAACGUUUGAGCUCGGCUUCAACGAACCGUACAAGUCGGUCAGCAUCGACAACAAGGUCUACCAGAUGCGCCUGGGAGCGCCCACGAGGGAGCUGUACAUCGACGAUCGGUGGUACGAGUGCUAUUUCGGUGACACACUGAACACGAUCCGGUUGGGCGAUAGCCAACGCAUUUUUAAAAUCGCCGGUCCAGCCCCGCAGGUAAAGAUCGGCGAGCUGCGGAACGAUCUCGUCGCCGGCAAGAUCAACAUGAUCGUCGACGCAAAGUACAUCAUACCGGUGUUCCUCGACUGUAAGGUGCAAACGUUCGAGCUGAACGGCCAGGCGCAUACGCUUCAGUUUGCUGACUUCCUGCUGACGGUGGUGCUCGACGAACAUCCGUAUCCGGUCGAUUUCGGCUCGCUCCCGAAGGUGUUCCGCUUGCGGGGACGUGAAUACUACAUACGCUUCACCUCACUGCCGAACAAUGUGCAGCCGGGUAACGUGUACAUCCGUGACAUGAUCCGCACACCGUUGUUCCGCGACCUACGAACCCCGCCGAAGGAUCCAGCGGCGCUCGUGCAGGCGCCACCCAACAUCAAUAGUCUACCGUUUGGCCCGACCGGUGCUCCCGUCUUGGGAAUACCUCCGCCCUCACUUGGUGCCGGACCGUUCGGAGGGUUGAACACAAACAGCAAUCAUCCGAAGGCAUCGAUGGGGGGACCGCAUUCCAACUCGUCGGCGGCGGCAACAAACAACACGAUUUCAACUGGCCUUGAUUAUCUCACCAAUCUGAUGCCAUCGAUGGCGAUGCAAUCGAACAACAACAACAACAACGCCAACACUGGUGGCACGGCGGGCUACCGGAUCGAGGCGGAUGAGAAAGCAUCGUCCGGCGGUGGUGGUGGAGCGACGAGCAGCGGUGGUGCUGGUGGAAUUCCACUACUGGCAAACAUCAAUGUUGAGGAGCUUUACAAAAAGAUUGUCGCGGCAGGUAUCAUCACCAAGCUGGGUGGUGGUGGUGGUGGUGGCAGUAACUCGACGGCACCUGGAGCUGCGGCCAACGACGGAGCAGCAGGAAAGGAUGCUAAAGAUGAGGUAAAGCCUAAGGACAAAGAGACGAAACCACCCGUUCCCGCAAUCGAACCGGUUCUGCUUGACAAACCGGAAACGCUCAAGAAACGCCAGUCGGCCAUCGUACACCAGCUGUACUCGGGUAUGCAGUGCAGCAGCUGCGGUGUCCGAUUCCCGCCCGAGCAGACGAUGAAGUACAGCCAACAUCUGGACUGGCACUUCCGACAGAAUCGACGCGAUCGUGACUCGGCCCGCAAGGCACACUCUCGCAAGUGGUACUACGACGUGUCGGACUGGAUCCAGUACGAGGAGAUCGAGGACCUCGAGGAGCGCGAGAAGAACUGGUUCGAAACGCAGCAGACGGGAGAUGGCCAAGGUGACUCGAUCAAGAAAGGGCACGGUGGCGGCAGUGGUGGAGGCAGUAGCGGUGGUGUCGGUGGAGGUAGUGGACCGGGAGGAUGCGAUGGCGACGAUUCUUCGCCGAAUGGGGAAUGGGGGUCACCGCAACCGAGCUGCCCGGCCGGUUCGGACGAGGACGACCGACAGUGCCACAUGUGCCACGAGGUGUUCGAGCAGUUCUACAACGAGGAAACGGAGGAGUGGCAUCUCAAGUGUGCGAUCCGUGUCGAUGGCAGCACGUACCAUCCGCUGUGCUACGAGGACUACAAAGCGUCGCUAACGAUGAGCGAGACCACGUUGGGCGACAACACGACGGUUGGCGGAGCUUCGCUUGACGGUGAUGAUGAUGAUGAUGAGAGCCGAAAGACUGACACGACGAUGGAAACGGGUGAGGAAGGUGGUGACGGUGACGAAGGGACGCCGGAUGGGGCCGAAGGAGGAGAUGCUGCAACCAAAGCGACAUCCAAGAAAAAGACUAAAAAUGGCAAAGCCAUGGAAGCAGGCGAAGCAGGCGUCGAAAAUGAUGACGACGAUGAAGAUGACGACGUCAUAGUGUUACCUACCGUAGAGCCGGUGGUGGAAGAGAUUCUUGACGACGAUGCGGAAGAACCGAGCGGAGACGCGGCCGCCGACCCUAAUGGGGACGAAACGGUUCCCAAGUCACCAACAGCUCGGCAGCCCGAGUUCCAGGAGCGGCAGAUCGAUGAGGAUCUGUUCAUCCAGGAGCCGAACAUCGAGGUAACCGAUCUGGAUGAUAUCGAGGACAAACCGCCGGCUGCUUCCGGUACGGGUUCCGGCCAAUCGGCGGCCGAUGGUGCUGGGGGAGCCGUAGGAGACGAAAAUUCGCUUUCAUCGCUGUUGCGAGUGAAAAUCAAGGAGGAACCGAAGGAAGACGACGAAGUGGACGAAGAGGAUGCCCUGUUCGAAGAGGUCGGAACGAUCGAGUCGAGCUUGCUCGAAGUUAACGAGCAUUCCUCGCCGAUGGAAACCAACGUAGAAGAAGAUCUAUACGAAGACGUUAUCGUUGAAAGUGUUCCAUCGCCGACAGAAGGAACGUCCAACCAGCAGAUGGCCGCCGCGGCCUCCAAACCGUCCCUCGAUGGCAACGUGGACCUCCAGGACCCACCACAGGCGGCGGUGCUGGUGCCGAACCGGAUCAAAAUCAACAUCACAAACUCCAAGGCGCUGCAGAACCAUGGUAGCGGCAGUGGCCAGGGGGCGAGCGAGGGUGAAACGGGCGACGGCUCGAAUGUGAAUAGUAAUUUUAACGAGAACAGUCAAAGCGGUGGCGCCGAAGCAAUCGAUGAAGGGUCAGGCGCGGGAGGACCGAGUGCGAUGUUUGACGAGCUGAGCAACGACGCCGUCAGUGGCUGGGGGGAUGAGGUGGAAGAAAAUAGAAUAAACAGUACCUCGGCGGCGGCCGCGCCGGUGCCGGCCGAGGUUGCGUUCGAAGAAACGACUAAUGUUGCGUAUGAGCGAAAGCCGACGUUGGCGGGCAUCGAAUUCAGCCGGUGUCCGCGGGUCACCAGCGGCAGCGAAGCAUCCGGCCUCUGCUCGAUCAUGUAAAUAUGCCAUCGAACACGACGUCGAGCAGGAACACGAUUGCGGCGGUCCCAACCGAAACCAAACCAAACCAAACACGUAAGGGAAGAUCGACGACGCGACUCCGUUCGAAUGCGAAUGUGCACGCCCCUCAAACCUUCUCCCCCCACGUCUGUCUGUGUCUGCCGUCAGGUUCCGUCGGUAGCCCGAAUCUCUCGAGCGCAUUUUUCACGGAAAGCACACUUUGUUUUCGCACUUUCGCGCGCAAUGCCCCCAUCCAAACGCGUGUAUUAGAAAAUUGUAGAGUAGGCUGCGUAGAAGACUAUUUGUUUUAUAGGUUAGGCUUUUUUAAAACUAGCAUUUAUGUUUUUUUUUACUUAAUGAAUUAUGUUUUGAACUCUGAUCUUUCCGACUCGGGAAAGUAUGGCGAAGAAAGGGAGAUGAAGAAGGAGGCGGGAGGAGAAAUGUCGAGGAGCAAAUCAGCUAAAGCGCUCUAGUCACGACGCACGUUUUUAUUCAAAGCAGCACACGAGAAAGGAUGAUGAAGCACGGAUGCGGCAUACGAAGUUUUGGAAUCGAACCGGAAAUUACCCCACUAAAGAGACAACCUUUCCGGGCUUUGCGGAAUUGUUAGCGGAAGGGCAAGUCUAUUUUUCCUUUUUGUUUCACUAAUCACGAAAGACAUCCAAUCGUUUUUAUUUCAUCGUUAAACACUAUUGUCCACCUACACACACACACACAUUCCUUUUUGUUUAUGAUUUCUUCAAUUAGUACUAAAAUGAAUUCUCAAAACUGAAAUGAAUGGAUCCCUUUUUUCGUUAUUAUUAAUGAUGGCAAAUAGAGGUGGGGCGUUAUGAGAAAAGUUGGGCAAGGAUUUUGAACUGUUGAAAAAAUAGCGUGUAUGAAUAAGAAAAUUUACAUCACUCAAGCCCAACUGAUUCAAACAAAUCGGCAGCGGGAAUACGUAUUUAAUGCACAUACGACGAACGCGUCAGUCCUCGUCAUCUUCCAAUCGUUGUUUCUUGGUCGUCGGUAGAGCACCCCGUGUCCUCCGGAUGGAACGUCGUAACUUUGAAGGAAAUUUUUGAAAUGAAUAAAGCAAACGAAUUGCAGUCGUAUUAAAAUAAAAAAAAAAAACACAUACAUUUAUUCUUAGUUGUACACUGUAUGCUGGAUUGGAAGGUGUUUAUCUAAUAAAUAGUAACACUAAAUAAAAAAAACUACUAUAACUACCGAGGUAAAAAGCUGUUGGUAAAAGUAAAUAUACGAAAAUAAAGGUGAAAAUACGACGUCGCAUCAAAUUGGAAAGGAAGCAUUCGGUUGACCUUUCGUAUGCUGGUGGUAGCAUGGAAUGAUUUUCUAGUUUAAUUCUUACUACGAGUUUUCGCGUGAAUGUGUUUUGUUUUAAGUAACAUUUUCUAGUGUCAUUAUCGUUUUAUGAUUCAUUUUGUUCUACCCAACUGUGGCGAUAUAAUGGU